AUGGACUCACCGCCAGGUAGUAGUACUGAAAAGCCGUUCAAGCUGUUCCGACCCUGGGAGGACGAUCCAGUGGUUCAGCCAAUGUUCCUAGCGAUCCCUGUCUUCUGGGACUUUACCAAUAUUCUUCCUUCGAUCAGUCCACCUAACUCUAUCUACUCCAAUUAUGCAACACCUAUUUUCUCCUCUGGAUCCAGUGCUUCAAGCCCGCUGUCCUCAGCUACUGAAGAGAAUAAACCGAGACGGAAAUGUCAGAGGUGUACGUGUCCAAACUGCAAAGGACGGUGAGUCUAGUUCAAUCAAGAACAGCUUUGAUUACGCAAAGGCAAGAAUUGGUUUCUGGAGUCGCUUUGAAGUUGUGAAAUAUUCUUGAAUGAUAAUCAUGAUUUCUGGUUUUUGAAGAGCACGCUUUUUCAGAAAGCAAGGCAGCCGAUCAGUUGAUUACGUUCACAUCUGCGACUUCGAAGGCUGUACCAAAACCUACAAGAAAACGAGCCAUCUGAUGGCUCAUAAAAGGUUCAUUUCUGUCUUUGAAAAUCAAGUAUCACUGUUUUCAAAUCUGACAAAAUGCUAUCGUUGAACUAUUUUUCGAUUGAUUUGCUGUUUAUAAUUUUUUUUUUUCUAGAAGCCACAUCGGCUGCCGUCCCUACGCAUGUGAUCAUCCUUCAUGCGAACGCGCAUUUUCUCGUAGCGAUCAGCUUCUUCGUCAUAAGCGCUCCCAUACUGGCUUGAAAAAGUCAGUUUUUUUCAUUUAAUUAGGACUAAAACUUCAAAGCAAAAUCUUCUGAAAAUUCGACUAUUUUUGACGGAAAAGAUUAAUAAAAAAAAGGGAUUUUUUGUAUUUUUCAAGUUUGAUAGUUGACAUAACUUCUCCAAGAAAUAUUCAACGAAUUAUUCAGACUUUUUUUCUUUCUUGGACUCCCAGAAUACAGAAAAAAAUAUGGAGUUCUGUUGAAAUUAUAAAAUUUUUUUCAUAAUUUUUUUAAACGAAAAAAAGCGGGCGCGAGAGACAUGUGCGGUCUGAAGAGACGCUAGAGAAAAAAAUGUAUAUAUUGUUCUCUGCCGUCUCUUCGAGAUUGUGUUGAUCUCUCGUCAUAAAUUACUUAUUUUCAAUGGAACUUUUUUGGCUGAUUUUUUGGAUUGCAAUGUUUGUGUCAUUUCCUAAUUUUAAAAAUUCAUUUGUAUGCAUUUGUAUAGUCUGUUUCUCGCGAAUUGAAAGGGUGGUACUUCUCUGCGCCCUCUUUAUCUUUCGACGUCUCUCUCAUGUUUACGUGCUAUUUCCAUGCUUCUCUGGCCUCGUCGGUGAGGGAACAGAGAGACGCAGACAUGCGAAAACUGACAUGUCACGGCGAAACGACUUUUCUUUUUCAUUUUCAAUAUUAUAAGUCAUUGAGUUCCAGCCAUCGAUGUGCUGAAUGCGGACAGACAUUCGGCCGGUCCGACCAUAUGAAGCAGCAUCUUCAGACUCAACAUUCGAAAAAUGUUUUCAAAUGA